UUUAAUGUGUUUGAAUGCAAUUUGGAGUUGUCUAAUUUAGGCUAACUAAAGACGGCGCCAGAGGAGCUUUAGACAGCGGAACGAGGUUGCGGUCUCAUGCCUUGGCCUUGUGAUACCCUACAUAAAAUAUAGUAUUUAACCAUAUCGUAAACAUAUACGAUACCAUCUGUAGCUCAGCUGCUAGGCUGGCAAAGAGCCUUAGAGUUAAACUUCUAGCUUUAAAUUAAUAACCCAAUAUUUAACUUAGUAAAAAACCCGAUUCUCUGCGGAACAUCCAUUGCCAAAAUGCAAGUAGUUUUAAGGACUGUGAGCUCUCCUUGUCUGAGCAGGCAAUACUCCAAGGUAGACCCCGGCCAGGCGUGCAAGGCAGUCUCGGAGCUGAGCAAGGCAGCAGGCAAGAUAAUGAUGCGGGCUCAAGAGCACAAGCCCAAGUAUGCGACAAAGGCGAAUGAACGCGAUCUAAUCACCAAGUGGGAUCGAGCUGUAGAGCGCAUGCUGGUGAGCGGCAUACGCAAGGUGUUUCCCGAGCACGAGAUCAUCUCCGAGGAGGGCACAGAGGGCACCGCCAAGAGCUGGGUGCUCACCGAUGCACCCACCUGGAUAAUUGAUCCAAUCGAUGGCACAACCAAUUUUGUCCAUGGAUUUCCGCACUUCUGCACCUCAAUUGCCUUGUACGUGGAGAAGAAAGGUGUGCUUGGGUGGAUAGAGAAUCCGAUGCUCAGGCAAAUAUAUAUGACGCAACCUGGCAAUGGGGCUUACUUCAAUGGCCAGCGGAUGCGUGUCAGCGGGCAGCGAGAGCUCAAGCACUCGCUCGUCUAUGUGGAGUGCGCAACUUUGGGGCACGAAGCUGUGGAUUUUGUGAGCUUGUCUAACAUCUUUGAGCUGGGGACUACGGCACACGGGUGAGUGGAGAUUGACAGUUGUAGCCGGAGUCCGUUGAUCCUAAGGUGCGUCUCUACAGCAUACGCAGCAUGGGCUCGUCGGCUCUCAAUUUGGCCCAAGUGGCCAAUGGAGCCUGCGAUGCGUAUCUCCAUUGUGGCUCG